CGUAUCGCCAGCCAAUAUUUUUUUGACUGGUUGUAUCGGCGGCCCCUUCCCUUAUUACAACUCACAUGAAGGAGCUUCGGAUGGCGGCGGGUUCAUGUAAAUGAUUGACGCCUGUACUGACUGUACUGUCUCAUAUCACGGCACGGCAUCAAUGGCGUUGAGGAGGAGAGAAAAACAGGCGAGCUUGGUCUCGGCUCGCCCCCCCCAAGCUCAAAAGGCCGCCCACCCAUCCAUCCAUCCCAUCAUCCCCCCCCCCCCCCCCCCCGGCCUGUUGAGUGGGUCGCUGCAGCUAUCAGUGCGCCUGCGUCUGGCCAGCGCCUCUAGUGAGCGUACGCUGCCCGCUAACCUGCCCGGUAUCUGCAUCCCGGUUCGAGGCGAUUCCCAAACCAAACCGCCCGCCUGUCCCCCCCCAAUAGUCGCCGCCCUGCUUGCUCUACCGUCUUCUCAACAUUAUCUCCACCUCCACCUUCGCUCCUCUUUUCCUCCCCACGCCGCCGCCAUUGCCAGCCGCCUCCCUACUUUUAUUAGGCUUCAACCCGUCCUUCGUCCUCGAAGGCUCUCUGGCAAAACCCCCCGCGAGUCCCUCCCCUCCCUCUCCCUCCUCUUUUCCCUGACCUCUCUCCACCAACCAACCAACCAACCAACCAACCGCGCGUACCUUCUUCACUGGUACGCCUGCCUGCUACCACCGCCUGCCAUAUACCCGCCUGCACCCAGAGUGCUUCCUGGCCUCAUCGAUCCCAUCGCCAUCCUUAUCCCUCUUGCCCUUUCCUUCGUGCAGCCUCUCCCCACUCCGAGUCUGUCUGUCGUAAUUUUCUUCUGGGGGGCCCCGAGUCUGUGCGAGACUCCACCUACACCCACACUCCCCACGAGCAGCCUUGAUUGUCCAUAUUCACUACGCUUAAUUCAAAUCCAUUUCCCUUCUUUCUGUAAUGCUUCCGAGCUUCUAAUUCUUCGGCCACUGCAUUCAACCACCCUUUCAACCGUCCAAGUCGGCCGAAUGCCUUACACGCCACCAUCACAAAGGUCGCCUGCCACCUCAAAACCAAACAGCCCCGUUCUGAGUAGGUCUCAUUCCUACGUCGAGCAGCUACCCUCUUCACCACCCACCACGCAGCGGCCGGCAUUGCCUCGCUCCAUCUCUUCUACCUCGUACCUCAACAAACACCGACGCUCGCCCUCCAUCAACUCCACCAACAAUGCUGCUGCAAAUGGCCAGGCGAACGGUAUGAUCCAGCCGUCCGACGCCCCAGGUGGCCAGGGACACGGUGCCAUCUCCACACCGCCCGAUUCUUCUGACGAUGAUGAGGAACGAGGCCGGAGUAUUGGUAACCUAAAGGAGUUGCAAGAGGCCCUUCAGAACAUUCCCAUCAAGCGGACUGGCUCGCCCGAUCGUGAUACCGCAAAAGGUCGCGCUGCCACUGCCCCCUCUGACGUGCUGGCUCAACCGCUGACUGCCAACGCGCGUAAAAUAUCCCACUCGCGGUCUUCCAGCGAGAUUGUCCUUUCCCAGCAUCUGGUCACUGACCUUAACUCGCAACCAAUCAUCAGCUCAUCGGACGGUAGUGAUGCCGAGGAGGAUGAGUUGCGGAUAAAACCGCCGCUUUUGCGCAAGAAAUCGGGGGAGCUCGUCAAGCCAGCUCUUCGACCGGCAUCGCGGAGACGGCCGUCGAGCAUGCCAGGUACUCCAACGUACCACAAGGCUGUCCACUUCAACGAGAACAUGGAGCAAGUGCGCCACUUUCUGGCUGUAGAUCGUCCCAUCGCUGUCAGCGCAGGCUCGUCACCCGUGGAAACCUACGAGAGUGAGAGCGAAUAUCCGUUUUUCGAUGCACGUCAGCUCAAAGAACCGGAAUGGGAAAUCAAGCUUGCCAAUUUCCCCACAUCCGAGACCUAUGAGCGGCAGACCAUGCCCGUCAGGCUGGAGCGCAUGUUCAUGGCAUCCGAUAAUAAGACCUUGGUUGGGACUGUGGCAUGCGCUAAUCUCUCUUUCCACAAAGUCGUUGUAGCUCGUUUCACGCUAGAUUACUGGAAGACUACGUCCGAGGUAACAGCCGAGUACAACAACGACGUUCGUAGAAAGCAAAGAGAAGAUGGUCAUGAUCGAUUCAAUUUCAACAUCAAGUUGGUCGACCAAGCUAACCUAGAGUCCAAGACACUGCUCCUCUGUGUGCGUUAUCAAGUCAACGGGCAGGAGUUCUGGGAUAACAACAAUUCGAUGAAUUAUCAAGUCGAUUUUGCCAAGAAGGUGCACUCCAAGUCGAAGGGUAGCAAACCUCGCCCGAUUCCUCGCAGCCGUCAUUCACCCCCAGCCCCUCGCCCCAAAUCUAUGCCAGUAGGAUCAUUUGAAGACGAUUUCGGCCAAGGGUUCGAGUUCGGUGCUGGACGUGCGGUCUUUGGCGACUCACCUAGCUCCUCUAUCCGUUUAAAGCCAAGAAGCAAGCGCGGGAGCCUGUACCCUGAUCAAGCCUCCCGUCAGCAAGGCUCCAAUCCGCAGGCGUUUUCCACCCGGUACGACUUUGGAGCUUCGCUUUCGGCUGCACUAUCGAACGCCCAAACGGCACUUGGUGAUAGGAGUGGGAUCAGCAACAAUCUCGAUACCAAGGAGUCUGGCAACCAGCCCGGUAAAGAUGCUGAAGCUACGGGCUCCAACUCGCCCGCUGCCUCUAUGGGCUCUUCUGCCCCCCUUGUUCCUGGCACCCGUCCCGAUGGCAUGUCUUCCGCUAAACCAGGCUUGCAAUCCGCUGAAUAUAACGAGUUGAUUCAGAAAUUCUGCUUUUAUGGUACCCCUUCCAAGGGCUCCUCCAAGGUCACGACUCCUACAACCAAGAAAUCUCCCACAGAUGGUGCCACGGAGUACAUCCUGAACGAUCACAUCGGGAGUAACCCGUCUUCUGUAUCAAGCAGUCCCCCAUCGCCUCCCUUGUCGAUACAAGUGGAUGGCGCUGAUGAGUCUAGAUCUGUCUCCCGCAGUCUUUUCUCGUCUCACUCGACAUCUCCUGGUCCUUUUAAUGGCCCUGGGCUCGAGGAUUACAAACCAUCUUCUUACCAAUUUGGUUACAACAAGGCCGGUAGCAUGUUUGCUGAACAACAGCACGCACCGCAAGCUUGUGUCUGA